CCGCCGCCGCCGCCAGCUAGCUAGAAGGAGCUGCUGCUGAUACGUCAUUCACGUCUCGUAGGACGUAACGGACAGGCCGUUGACCCCCUCGUUGCAGAUUCACCUUGCAUAAGUCCCUGGUUUUGAGUUCCCUUUCUGAGAGAGGAGGCCGUUUUGGGGUCCUGGCUAUCGGCCCAGGCGUUGUACCGACGUCCUUUACGUCCCCCGUCUUAUUAACCUCAGUUAACCUCGUUUUUACCAUAAGUGCAAGUUAAUUUCGAAUCUAGAGUGAAGAUCAUUACCUAUUUCACUCUUUACAGUGUUAAAAUCGCCGUUCUCCAACUCGUAACCCUACGGUAAAUCUUCGACGUCGUGUUCGAGUUCGCAUCAUAGGCUUAUGCCAGGCCUAUCUCAGUCCUCUUGGAAAAUCAAUUAAAUGACGCCCAUUCCUUCGCAAAAUUUCCAUAUGGUGGGAAAGUAAGCCCAGCUUCAUAAUUUCUAGUCUGCGGAAUCGGUAUUUUUAAAGUUAAAUUACUAAUUUUAUCUCCCGUAGGCCUAGAUACCUUAGGUCAUAAUAGGCCUAAUCGAAGCGUUGUGCUGCUUGAUCACAUAGGCUACCACAUCCUAGGCUGUAGGGAAGCGUAACUUGGGCCUAUUCGUGAAUUUCCUUCCAAGCCAUCAUGUCGAAGAAAAGAUUACAGGAUGUCGUGGAACCUUCGGGUCCCUAUAUAAAGCGCUGCACUCCCGAUAAAGACGAGGAUAUCCCAAUCCCUGUUGAAGAAAAACCAACAAAACAGCAUUAUGCCGUGGCUACCUAUCUGAAGAAGAAUUGUCCAACAAAGAAAACAAAGUUUCUCAAUCACCAGGUCAACUAUUUUUAUGCCAACAAAGCUGUUGACCUCCUCUUGGAUUCGCAAUGGGCAACAGGGAAAGACAUAGUGUUCACAGACCGCCAGUCCUGUGUUGACUAUUGUAAUAAAUUACUAAAAUUCAAGUUCUUUCAUCGAGCCAAAAAGAUCCCUAUAACCGACAAGGACUUGAAACCCAAGGAUUUGAAGAAGAAAAAAGAGCGAGAAAAGGAAAAGGUAGAAGAAGAUAAGAAAAAGAAAGAUGUUGAGAAGGUAAAACCUGCUGAGAAGGAGAAGGAAAAGGAGAAGGAAGGAGAAAAAGAGGAAGAGGAGGAGGAAGAAGACAAGAGGGAUAAAGAGAGCAAAGAUGAGGAAGACACUGCAGACAAAGAUGCCAAAGAUGAUAAGGAUGAAAAGGAGAAAGAGAAGAAGAAAAAGAAGAAGUCAAAGAUUAAGCUUGACAUGCACUUGGAACAGGUAUUUAUUGAUGGAGCCGAUGCUUAUGUGUGGAUGUACGACCCGAUUCCUUUCUGGUACUACAUAGCCGGUGCGCUCUGCCUCUUCGGUGCCAUCGCUGUUUGUCUUUUCCCAUUGUGGCCUCCAAGUGUCAGGAAAGGAGUGUAUUACUUGAGUGUCGCAGCUGCUGGGUUCCUGGGUGUCAUAUUGGGAUUAGCAGUUUUGAGGUUUAUUGUGUUCGUCAUCAUUUGGAUUCUUACAAUGGGUCACCACCAUCUUUGGCUGCUGCCCAACCUCACUGAGGAUGUGGGAUUCUUCGCAUCGUUUUGGCCAUUGUAUCACUAUGAAUACCGAGGGGAGGGCUACGAAAAGAAGAAGAAGAAGAAAAAGAGGGAAGAGCAACAACCUGACAACGAACAGGAAGAGGAAGAUAAAAAGUCAGAUGUAGAGAUUGACAGUCCAGACACAGCAGCUGAGACAGACAGACCAGAUACAGACGUUGACAGAGUUGUUACUGAAGAGCAGACUGCUGCCAGUGAAACAGAAUCUGAGAAUUCAAACUCGCAGACGUUUGAGAUGGUGGAAAGAGAAGAUGUGGAUACACUCAACAUGGAAAAUAUGGAAGAGAAGGAGACGGCCGAGCAGAAAGGCUCGGGCGUCGAAGAAAUAAAACUCGAUAAGCAGAGUACUAUAAACGAUGACUCGAGUUAAUUUUAGAUUUUAAGUUUGUUUUAUAUAUAGAUGCUUACUUACUUGGAUGUGAUAGAAAAUUAAAGCAUAGUUAGUGUUAUGCAAAAUCAUACAUGAUCAUCGACGUAUAAUCAUUUCAGUCAUGUUUAGAAAGUACAUUUCAAUUUGCAAGAGUUGAGGGAUCUGUUAGUUAUAAGAAAGGCUCUCGAGUAAAAUUUCUGCAAUUGUUUUUAUAUAAAUUUUUAAAAUGAUUUGAGUGUUGAGGCUUGCACAAAUAAACAAAAUUAUUGGUUAACGUAAGCAUUGUGCAAAACUAGAAAACUAGACAUUUUAUUUCCCGUAGCUGUAGUUCAUCUUACUGAGUUAGGAUUACAGGUAUGUUCACGUGAUAUGUUUAUAAUUUUUUUUUUGUACUUUUUCACUUAAUUAAUAAGAGUUUUUGCAUAAUAUAUUUUGAUAAGAUUUGCAAUACUGUAACCUCAGUGGAUAUGUGGUAAUUUUUCUUAAUUUAUAUUAGUGACCCUUAAUUAAGGUCUUUUGAAUCUGUUAACACUAUAUGGACAGCUUCAGUCAAGUCAUUAUUGCAGUACCACUGAAAUCAUGUUAUACUAUGUAUAAUUUGUCAGUCAUAGAGGGUCUUAUUCCAUUCACAUUGUUUUGUGAGACCAAUGGUACCACUCAAAAGAUCUUGCUGUUUUCAUUGUGUUUACUUGUGAAUUUGACUUUUCGCAAUUUUCUGUGAUUCUUUCGAGUUGAAGGUAACAAAGAAAAACAAGUGAUAAAAAACGCAUGCUUUUUUAAUGGAUAUAUAAGUACUGUAGUAUUGAAUGUAGAGCAGAUAUGGGGACAUGGGUAAUUUUAUGAGUAUAUCUUUAAAAUUUUAGUUAUGAUUAUUUCCUGAAGCUGAAGUAUACUCAUUCUGUUUCUAAUCCUGAUUACAAUUAGAAAAUACAUCCGCAAUUAUGAUACAUUUUUCAAGCAAUUAAUGUAUAGCUUUUAUACAUGGGCAAAGUAUAUCUCAAUUUCUGGCGACGGGCGACUACCAGUUAGUUCUGCUGGUUUGAAAAGGGAAGCAUUGUUGCUUUGACUAAGUAAGACUGAUCUUAUAGAUGGAAAAUGGCUUAGCCGAGUCUGUCACCAUAGUGUUAACACAGCAUUAACGUAUGCAAGGUUUGGGCAUUCAUGAGGGUAAAUAAAAGUUGUGGUUCUAAAGCUACAUGUAAUUGUCCUAAUACUCUAAAUUUAAAAUUUUCACAUCUCCUGUUGCAUGUAAUCAUCAUUUGAAGUAAAUUUUUUUUUGUUAA